AUGGCAUUGCUCAAACGGUUGUCGCCCGCCGAGCGGGCGCUGAGCGGCACGGACCGCAGCGACAGCCCACUCCUCAAGGAAGGGAGUCCAGGGCCAAGGCUGCUGAACCGCGACGAAGUUCCCUCGUGGUAUGGCCACAAUCCAUAUAUACGCACAAGUUAUAGACCAGUGAUACCAUCAACUUAUCGAUGCAUCAGCAGCCUCCUAUACCUUCACAAUGAAACUGUGAAUGUUUAUUCUCACCUCAUUCCAGCCACCAUUGCUUUGCUAGGCAAUGGACUUCUCUAUGUGUAUUUUUCCACGUCUUUUCCGAACGCUACAUGGGCCGAUCAGCUUGUUUUUCAUAUUUACUUGACAACAUCGGUCAUUUGUUUUGGUAUUUCAUCUGCAUACCACACAUUUCUUUGUCAUUCUGCCCAUUUCACUGAUCUAUGGGGUCGCCUGGACUACGUUGCUAUUGUAUUCCAAAUUCUUGGUUCAUUUGUCUCGGGGAUAUAUAUUGGUUUCUACUGUGAACCACAUUUACAAAAGCUUUACUGGUCAAUGAUUGGCACUCUAGGCUUCUUGACCGGAUUUGUGGUGGUGCAUCCCAAACUGCAGAGCCAAAAGUGGAGACUAUUGCGAUUAUCGUCGUUUGUGGCGACGGGGUUUUCGGCAUUCGCUCCUAUAAUCCACGCUGCGAGUAUCUUCCCAUAUGCGCAGCUCGAUCAACAAGCCGGAUUACGAUAUUAUUAUCUUGAAGGACUAGUCAUUGUGAUCGGAGUAUUGUUUUACGCGACCCAUUUCCCGGAGUCUUGGAAACCCGGGACAUUUGACAUUUGGGGAGCAUCUCAUCAGAUAUUCCACAUCUCGGUGGUAAUUGGUGCGACGAUUCAUUUGUAUGGGAUUUUGGUUGCUUUCCAGUGGAAUUAUGAGAAUCAGCGAUGGGGAUCCUUGAACUCGGCACACGGCCCUUCAAAAUCCAAAAUGCAGGAAAAGAUUGCUGUCGAUGCCGAUUUCUAUACUAUGACCCAAGAUUGGGAACUUCCAGACUUUCAGUCGGAAACCACAUCUAUCGCCUCGUCAAUUGCGAAGGGUCGAUUAGAAAAUGGCAGAAGAUACCAGGCUAUGAAGGAAGAUGAUUAUUGGAGUCCUUCCGAUGACCGGCAAUUCGAGGCUUUUGAGAUUGGUCACAUGACGUUUCUCGUAUUGGACAAUGAUCGAGAAAUCCCUCUCCACCAUGCUCCCAUCGGAAAAUCUCCCAAGCACAUUCUGGACAUUGGGACAGGGAAAGGAACAUGGGCUAUCAACUGUCCGUGGCGUCGAUAUCUUCCCCCUCCGGUGACAUGGACGCCACCCAACUGCCUAUUUGAAGUAGACGAUGUCCUCCGCGAGUGGACCUGGAGAGAACCGUUCGACUUUAUCCACAUGCGUGUAAUGCUAGGAGCAUUCACACCGGAUGGGUGGGAUCAAUUGUACAAGCAAUGCUACGACGCUCUUACACCAGGCGGCUGGAUCGAGCAGGUCGAACUAGAUGUACGAGUAUAUAGCGACGACGGCACCAUGGAAAAAAACGGUACUCUAGCUACAUGGGGAGAUAAUUUCAUCGGCUGCUCUGAGCGAGCCGGCCGAUCCCUCCUAACGCAGGAGACUAUGCGAGGCGCAAUAGAGAAAGCUGGUUUUGUCGACGUGCACGAAAAGCAAUAUAAGGUUCCUUUGGGGCCGUGGCCAAAGGAUAAGGUUCUCAAAGAGGUUGGUCAGCUUCAAUACGCACACUGGGUCGCUGCGUUGGAGGGAUGGGCGAUGUGGCUGCUCACUAAGUAUGGUGCGCCCACUCCUUGGACACCGGAGGAGGUCCAGGUAUAUCUGUCGAAGGUUCGGGCUGAGUUGAGGAACCCUCGUACGCAUGCUCAUCAGUUUGGUCGCCGAGUCUGGGCUAGGAAACCUACGGUGGAGGAAGAAAUAGCCAAUCUAGUGAUUAAGUCUGAGUCUCCGCAGGUAAUCCUUACACCAGCCUUAAUGUCUUGA